AUGUUGACAGCAAUCGGUCGCGCAGCGGCCCAGCGCCUACUCCUCCGUGCCGCACCAUUGGCUAUCCCGCGAUCUCAACUCGUAGUGCGCGUCGCAUGCCGCGCAUUCUCUACCACCCAAUGGGCCCGUUUGCCAGCCAAAGCCACUUCUUCGACCACUACGACGAAGAAGGCCGCAGCCCCCAAGAAGAAAGUUGUUGCAAAGAAGCCCAAGGCGAAGAAGGCCGUCAAGAAGCCAGCAGCUAAGAAACGGGUUAAGAAGGAGCUGACACCUGAGGAAAAACUCAAGCUUGAUGUUCGGGCGUGGAAGAAGGCGGCGCUGCUCACAGAGCCUAAGCUCCUGCCUGCGACGGCGUGGACAGUGUACUCCUCACAGCAGAACAAGAGCCAGUCAUGGAACGUUCCCCUAGCCAACAGAAUGAAGCAAAUCUCCGAGGAUUUCAAGAACUUGUCCUCAUACGAGGCCCAGCGUCUGCAACAGACGGCCGAGGAGAACAAGCUUACCAACAACGCCGCGUACAAGGCUUGGGUGGAGUCUCACACGCCUCAGGAGGUCGCCGACGCCAACCGCGCCCGCGCGCGCCUUCGCAGUGCCAGGGGAAAAGACGUGCCGCGCGCGAUUCGCGAUGAGCGCCAGCCCAAGAGGCCGCAAUCAGCGUACACAAUCUUCACUGCGGCCCGGUGGGCCAAUGGCGACUUUGCCGGCCAGCGCGCCAACGAUGUAUCCAGGAGACUAGCCGACGAGUGGAAGAACCUUCCGCAGUCCGAGAAGGCUACCUAUGAGGAUUUGGCGAAGGCCACGGCUGAUCGAUAUGCCCGCGAAACACUCAGCGUACUGGGUCGUACCGUCAAACGAUCUCAGUCACCCGAGUAA